UGCGAUGCUGCUGUGUGUCCUGCGUGCGGGCGGGCUGUGGACGCCGCGCAAGUUCUUGUGUGGUCGCUCUUGUCGCCCAGCUCCCAGUGGCUGGCCACGGAGAGCGGUGCUUGCUGUUCGGUUUCGCCACCUUACGCUUUCCCUCGCAGCUGCUCGGGUCCCAGACGGGAGCCAGGUGGUGCCUAAUUUUGCUGUCUGUGUUUUGAACACGUCUUAUAAUGGAGUUUCCUGAUUUGGGGAAACAUUGUUCAGAAAAAACUUGCAAGCAGCUAGAUUUUCUUCCACUAAAAUGUGAUGAAUGUAAACAAGAUUUCUGUAAAGAUCAUUUUACAUGUGCUGCACACAGAUGUCCGUUUGCAUUCAAGAAGGAUGUUCAGGUCCCAGUGUGCCCGCUCUGUAAUAUCCCCAUCCCAAUAAAGAAGGGAGAGAUACCAGAUGUGGUGGUUGGUGAUCACAUUGAUAGAGACUGUAAACAUCCUGGGAAGACUAAAAAGAAGAUUUUUACAUACCAGUGCUCAAAAGAGGGAUGCAAGAAGAAAGAGAUGCUGCAGAUGGCCUGUGUCCAGUGUCAGGGCAAUUUCUGUAUCCAGCACAGACAUCCUCUGGACCACAACUGCAGACAUGGAAGCCGCCCUUCCGGCAAAGCUGGAUGAGAAGGGGCUCCUAGCUAUACCUGAACUGGCUUACAACACAGUAACAUGAGUAAAACCAGUGUACACUCGAAGGCAGGGGUGGAACAGCCUUGAGCUUUGCUCCAUACUGACUGUUGGAUCUUGGAUAUUUGCUGUUAGAGUUGGGGUGAAUAUAAUAAAAUUAAGGUUGUAUUAGGUUCCAUGGCUGCUGUAAAGUACUGCGCAGUGGGUGGCUUAAACAACAGAAAUUGAUUCUCAGUUCUCGAGACCACAAAUCCAAGGUCACAGUGUUGGCAGGUUGGCUACUGGGGACUGGGACAGAAUCUGCUCCAUGCCUCCCUCCAGUCACUUGGGGUUUGCUGGCAGUCGUUAAUGUUCUUGACUUGUAGACAUAACCCCCAUCUGCCUUCCUGUGCAUGUGUUCUCCCAUGAAUCUGUCUGUGUCUGACUUUAUAAGAACACCAGUCAUGUAGUCCACACCGGUAACCUCUGAUCUCUGUAACCCUGACUCCAGAUAAGGUCACAUUCUAAGUUCUGGGGGUCAGGGUUCCAGCAUGUCUUUGGGUUAGGGGAGCACAAUUCAACCCCUGACCCUGGUAUUCUUGUCAAAUCAGUAGAAAUGUCUGCCUAAAUUUGCUGUUGAAUAAAAAUGG